AUGGUAAAGAUUGAAGCAUUUGCAGUAGAACAGUGGAUGGAUGAGUACGAGAAUACAGCCAAGUACAACAUAGCCGAGACCUGCUGUGCAUCUAUCUCCGUUGACGACCUCCAAGCGCUAUCAGAGGACAAAGAUACCAACCCAUUAAGCCAACUACAAUCUACAAAGCUCACAUAUGGGGCAAUCCGUGGCUCUAAACGUAUUCGAGGGAUCUUGGCUGAUCUAUACUCCGUGAAAACACCAACGCCAUUGCCAGCAAGCAAUAUUCUGAUUACUGCUGGCGCAAUCCAGGCCAACUUCCUAGCCCUGUACUCCCUGAUUGGACCAGGUGAUCAUGUUGUCUGCCAUUAUCCGACAUACCAGCAACUAUACUCUAUACCAGCAUCACUAGGUGCUGAUGUUAGUUUUUGGAAGUCGAAAGCAGCCAAUGGCUGGCAGUUAGAUUUGGAAGAGUUGAAGGGUCUGAUACGUCCCAACACCAAAUUGAUUAUCAUCAAUAACCCACAAAACCCCACUGGUGCCAUCAUACCGCGGGAAGUUCUCCAGAAUUUGGUCUAUAUCGCCCGCGAGUCCUCUAUCAUUCUCUUCGCUGAUGAAGUAUAUCGGCCACUCUUUCACAAUAUCAGUCCCAUGGACUCGCAGUUUCCUCCAUCGCUUUUGUCACUUGGCUAUGAACAUACCAUAGUCACAGGAUCCAUUUCCAAAGCCUACAGCCUUGCGGGUCUUCGAGUAGGCUGGAUAGCCUCACGAGAUAGUUCGAUAAUUGAGACCUGUGCUAGUUCUCGAGACUACACUACUAUCUCAGUUGGCCAGAUUGAUGAUGCCAUUGCGAGGUUUGCCCUUGCACCAGAAUGCAUACAUAAUCUCCUUAAGCGGAAUUUGGAACUGGCUCGAACAAAUCUGGCUAUUCUUGAGAAGUUCAUUGAGUCACAUCGAUGGGCAUGUGAAUGGGUCAAGCCUCGUGCUGGAACAACUGCAUUCGUGCGCUUCUCAAAAAUGGGGAAGCCAGUGGAUGAUGUUGCCUUUUGUGAGAGGCUUCUUGAGAAGACUGGUGUGAUGCUUGUUCCGGGAAGUAGAUGCUUCGGAGAGGAAUUUGCAGGAUAUGUUAGAUUUGGGUAUGUUAGUGAGACUGAAGUGCUAACCAAGGGAUUGGAUGCCUUGCGAGAGUUUAUGGACACGGAGUAUACACAACUGUGA